CAUUUGUUUUCGGCAUAGAUUUCGUCUGCUUUCGGUCGACAAAUGUAAAAUCAUUAAUUAAAAGUUGAAUUAAGUAAAUUUAUCAAAAUUUUGAAGCAAAAAGUAAACUACUAGUCCAACAAUGUAUUAUUAGUUUGUAGUAGGAUGUUUUCGCCGCAUCCACCCAACAUAAAUUUAUGUGUUUAUUCUAAGAGCAGUCGUGACUGAAACAAUCUAUUCAAUGGCCGUCCGUGAAAGAAUUUCUCGAAUAGGUUUGUAAGUGAAUGGAAUCUAUUAUCAACUACAGCCCGAGACUGAUAGAAGAGCACAAUGGUACACUUCUGCAAGCUUUGCCAACUGCUCCACAAGGGCAUGGACUUCAUCGAGUGCGAUGAAACGAACGUCUGGCUCUUGGAGGCCGUGUUCAGGCUGAAAAUUGUUCCGAUAAACGGACGAGUGGAGCCGGUCUGCCAGAAAUGCAUCACCAAGUACAACAAGGUGAUGAGGCGCAAGCGGAAGGAGAACGGUGGAUUUCCGAUUUCGCAGAAUCAGAUAUUCCCCAUCACAACGACGACGGUGACUUCGUCUACGCAGCUGGUCAUAUCCGGUCCAAUGAUGAACGAGGUCGUGCAGAGACAACUGCAGGAGCAGCCGCAAAUGUCGCUGGCGACGGCGGCACAGCUUCGGGAGGAGGACUCGUCGACAGAGACGUCGAUCAUGACUUCGAAUAGCUUUCAGUUGAAUAUAACUGGCGCUGCGGCUGUGUACAGGACAGCAGGCAAGGAUGGUAGGAGUAGUUCGGAAGAUGAGAGCUCCGUUGCUAUUAUCAGCGAUGUUGAAGACGACGAGGAUGACGAUGGUGAUGAUGGAGAAGGGGAUAGUAGUGAUAGUAGCGAUUGUUGCAGUGAGGAUUCCGAUGAGAGUAGCUACAGUUAUAGUUCGAGUAGUAGCAGUGGGAGUUCAUCGCUCACGCAAGCCAGCUUGGCAGCAGAUGAUCGAGAGUUGGAGAAUGUCGCCGAGACUGAAUCGUUAAGCUCCUUCGUGGAGCGCGAUGAGCUUGAGGGCAAUGACGAGUUGGUGUCCAUUGUGGAGCUAAAGGAUUCUGUACUGAUGGAACAGGCUAAGGAAACUGUCCAACAGGAGAAAAAAUCAAAGAAAAAGCGAAGUAAGCAGGCAGGUUCUACGCAGCAUGUUUGCGAGGUUUGUGAGAAGACGUUCUCAAAAGCAGUCUACUUGAAGGUUCAUAUGCGAACUCACACUGGAGAAAAACCUUUUGCAUGUGAUAUAUGUUUUAAAAGUUUUACUCAAGCGUCCAGCUUGAAUACGCACAAGCGGCUGCAUUCGAACAUAAAACCUUUUGUUUGCCAGGUUUGUGGAGCGGAGUACACUAGUUCUGGCAACUACAGAGUUCAUCUGAGGACGCACACAUUAGAAAAACCUUAUAAAUGUAGUUACUGUGAAAAGACGUUCAACCAACUGACAUCUAAGAAGCUUCACGAGAGAGUUCACAAUAAUGAAAAACCUUAUGUUUGUCAGGUUUGCAUGAAGGCCUUUACCAACAUAAGCAAUUUGCAUGUACAUUCCCGAACGCACAAUAACCAGCGGCCAUAUUCGUGCAAUCAGUGCGGAAAACGAUUUGCCCAAUCGCAAACUCUGAAAACGCAUAUUCUAUCAACACACACCGCGGAUCGGCCGUUCAAAUGUGAUCUUUGUCCUAGAACCUAUGCCACUCAGUCCAACCUUCGCAACCAUCAAAACAGUCAUCUGAAGGAGAAGCCAUUUAUCUGCAAUGAAUGCGAUCGUCGGUUCACUCAAAAAAGUACAUUGAAGACCCAUUUGCUAUCCCAUCGCAAAGAGAAAGACUUUAAAUGUGCCGAAUGUGAAAAAUGCUUCCCUACGCAAGGCCACUUGAACACGCACUGUAAGCAGGCCCACAAUAUGAAAUCCGCAGUGCCACAGCGUGUGUUCGACUGCAGUGAAUGCGAUCGGGUGUUCAAAUUCAGGGCCCGUUAUGUUACCCACAUGCGUACGGUUCAUCAGAAGGAAGUCGACGUAAUGCCAAAGAAGGAAGAAGCGGGAUUUCCGGAUGCAAGUCAUUUAAAUGGGGAAGCCGAAGACUCAGUAAUAUUAGACUUUGACGAUAUUCCCCCGGAUCUAGUUCCUGAUAUUCAUUUUAUCUAGUGUUCUAUUAGCAUGGUAAAAUAGAGAAAACAUUACUCCUUUUGGGAUAAAAUUUGUGUUUUAUUCGACGUCAUUCACUGCGCAUGCGCUGAACAGUAAUGAUUCGAUUUUAUAACGAGAUCAUUGGAAAUAUAAUUAGGAA